AUGAAUUUUUCAAAUGAAAAUAACUCUUUGGGAGGUUACCUGAUAACCAAUAAUAAAAGGAAAUAAAGGUUAGAGAAAUUAUCAAUUCAAAUCAAGUUCACAUAAGAUCAUUAAAUUGUAUAUUCAAAAGAGGGAGCAAUUUUAAGGAUGUAAAAAUUAUUGACGAGUAAUAAAAGAGAUAAAGUUUGUGAUGCUUUCCAGAAUCCAGAAAUAUUUAAUAAUCUGGAUUAUAUCCAUUAUCUUUUUUGGUAAGGUUAAUACUGUAAGAACAAAAUGAAGGUUGGCAAAUGGAUUGUUUUUUGGGAUAAAGUAUUUGUGAAAAAUGUCGGUGGAUAUUAUAAGGAUGGAGAAAAGCAAGGAAUUUGGAUAGAUCUAUUCUUAAAUUAUUAGAAGUAAGAUAUUAUUACAUGACCUUUUGUUUAGUUAAGCACAAAUUUUCACAUCUGGAGAAUAUUAUAAUAACUUUAAAAUGGGUUUUUGGAAAUAUAUUUAUUAAGAUAAGAUGAUGUAAUUAUCUAAUUAAUUGUUUAGCGGUGGUGGAUACUAGAAUAAGUUUGGUUAAAAGUAAGGUAAAUGGAUUGAGCUAGAUGACGGAUUUUGUAAUUCGAAAUAAGUCACUUUUGAAGGUGAAUAUAAAAUGAAAGGUAUGAAGGUAGAUAGAUGGAAUAUAAUGUAUUGCUUUCAAGAAAAAAUGGAUUUAAAGAAAUGUAAAUAUUUUUCAAUUAUAAGGAAUGUAAUAUUUAUUUAUAGUGGUGGUGGAUCAUAUUAUUAACUAAAGGAAUAGAAAAAGAUAGGGAAAUGGGUAGAAUUGGAUGAAGGAUUUUAUGAUUCAAAAUAAGUUACUGAUAAUGGCGAAUAUAACAAAGAAGGUAUGAAAAUAGGAAGAUGGGAUAUUAAUUUUUGCAAAUAUAAUGAGUCGCAUUAUAGAACAAUGUAAAUUUUCAUUAAGAAUAAGGGAUAUAAUAUUUGUAUUUAGUGGUGGUGGAUCAUAUGAUGAAGAAGUAGGGUAGAAAAAGAUUGGAAAGUGGGUAGAGUUGGAUGAAGGAUUUGAUACUUAUUGAUAAGUCACUUAUGAAGGGGAAUAUGAUGUGAAAGGUAGGAAGAUGGGCAGAUGGGAAAUAUUAGCUUGGAUAAAUAAAUGUAACUAUUAAAUAAGCAGUAGGAAUAUAAUAUGUGUUUAGUGGGGGUGGAUCAUAUUAUUAAGAAGCAUGUGAGAAAAAGAUUGGAAAAUGGUUAUAGUUAGAUGAAACGUUUUAUA